CGAUGAAUAAACAAACCAUUUUAGUUUCAAUGUUGUUACUUUUUCGAUUUCAAGUGACAAUUCGAGUGCCUUGAGAAUCUGCAGGUUUAGUGAUAAAUAGUUUAGAAGUGGAAUUGUGUUUAGUGAUCAACGAAGACGCUAAUAAAAAUUUCCGAAAAGAUGGAAUUGCAGUUCUUUCAAGCCAUUUCACUAUAUCGACAGAGAGAUUAUGAAAAAUGUCUGGAAAUCUGCAAUACUUUGUUGCAACAGCUGAAGCUGCCUCCGCAACAUUCUCAAGACAUUGCAAUGCGAGAACAAAUCGCUAAUGGAACUUGGCUGCUUAAGAUGCAAGCGUUGACACAACGAGUUUAUGUGGACGACCUGGAGACCAACGACGAAGGAAUCGAAAAUGAGGAUGCCGAAGUGGAACGAAUGGCAACCGCAGCAAGACCUGGCACUUCAAUAAAAACUACCUUUACUCGUCGGCCCACAAGCAGUCGGAUAACUACUCAAAUGAGGACAGCGACAGCCAGACCUUCAACAGGAAUGGCUCGUCCUGGUACAAUGUCAAAUCGUCCCGGAUCAUCUAUUGGCAGUCGCCCCCCAUCCAGAUGCGGUACUUCUCGACGUGUUCGAGUUACAUCAGCUUCAGCCUACGCCUUAGGUGAUCCUUCAGCAUCACUCUUUCAGGCUUGUCGCCUCAAUCCGACAAUUUAUGCAGAAAAGAAAACAAUCAUUAAGCCAUUGUUCAAGUUCCUAUAUUAUCACGAAGGUGAUCCCCAAAAGGCAUAUUCGCUUUGUGAAGCGGUAGCUGAUGUUCAGAAGCAAAAGGUCGAUUGGUGGUGGGAACAACAGAGAGGACGAUGUCUUAUUGCCAUGCAUCAGUCCAAAAAAGCAGAAACUUAUCUGAAGCGCUCCUUAAGUUCAUUCCAGCAUACAGAUACAUAUCUUCUCAUGUGCAAAAUGUACCUUAAUAUGCAACAGCCAUUUGUCGCGUUGCAAUUGCUAGAAUCAGCAAUGGAGAAAAUGCCAUACGAAGUAGCAUUGAGGACGCAACAGGCCAGAAUUCACGAGCAGGUCGACUUGAUGGAUGAAUCGGUUGCCAUCUACCGUACCAUAUCUAUGAUGGAUCCAGUGAAUACGGAAGCGUUAUCAUGUUUAGCUGUAUCUUACUUUUACGAUGCAAAGCCCGAGAUGGCUCUCAUGUACUACAGACGCAUUCUAUCAAUGGGAACAACUAGUGCUGAGCUUUACUGUAACAUUGCUCUCUGCUGUUUAUAUGCUGGCCAAAUGGAAUUUGUGCUACCUUGUUUUCAACGUGCGAUUAGUAUGGCUGGGACGUCUGACCAACGAGCUGAUAUUUGGUAUAAUCUCAGCUUCGUAGGACUUACAACAUCCGACGAUGCACUAACGAAAAGGUGCCUUCGAUUAUGUCUAGCUUGUGAUGCCUUUAACGGUGCUGCCCUCAAUAAUCUUGGAGUCGUUACAGCAUUAGAAGGAUUAUAUGAGAAAGCAAAGUCGUAUUUUAUUUCAGCCCAAAGUGUAGCCCCAGAUAAUGUGGAAGUCAAGAAAAAUCUUAAAGUUUUAGAAAAAAGGGUUUUUAGAGCCAAGAAGAAAUGAAUAUAAUUAAACUACUUACUAUAAAAGAAACGAACAUUUAUAGUCUACUUGAUGUUUGGUUAUAUUAAAAAAAUAUGGUUAUUUCUCGUUACUCAUUUGGCCGUACUUAUAAUUUAAAAAAAAGAUACGAUGGAGGUCAGAUGUUCGAUCGUAUUAAAGAGUUUCCGGUGACGAAUAAGGAUUUUGGGAAAAAUUUUAAAUUUUUUGAAUAAAACAAAAAGAAAAAUUGUUAUUAAUAUGUGUUAAUGUA